AUGGAGCACUCGACCAUACCCGACAUGAAUAUGGACGCAGCAGGGGAAUUGGCGACCAAUCCCGUCGAAAAUAACGGUAAAGAUGGUCGAGCUGACCGCAUGCCACUCGAUGGAAUACAUAGCGCUUACCCAGUUGAGGUUCCAUCGACGUUUCCAGAUCUAGUCCUAACAGAUGACGAGCUGCGACAAGCUUUCUACUUCAGACCAUGCCACUGCAAACAAAUCGACCCAUCCAGAGUUUACUGGCGGCCCUCUAGCAACCGCCUGCUGCGCAACAAAUACCAUCCCCUUCUCUUCGAAACGGAAGAAACUGCGGAUGGUACUAUCCAAUAUCGGCACUCGAAGAAGGUUUUCCAUACGAAUACCGGGUCUAAGUGGGAAGGCAUCCGUAGGGGCGACCACGACCCUGAGCGCUACAAUUACCUGGGCGUACCUCGACCCAACAAAAUCCCUGAUACUGAUCUAGGUCGUCAAAAUAGCGAGCGGCACUUACAGGAGCCCGAGCCUACGUUCCAGCGUCCUGAGCCUAAGGCAAAGCUAGAGUACCAGGCUCUUGAGGAACCCAAUGAAGGAAGCGCGCAGGUUUAUGUGCAUCAUUCUAUGAAUGCCGACGAGGCACCUCUGCCUUUCAGCGAUUUGCAUUCGAGCCCAUCAUCUUGUGCGUUCUUUCCAGAGACAGAAGUCUCUGCUGAGGAGCGGAUACAGACAUGGAAUGCACGGGAGGGUAUCAAUUUUGCUGAACAGAGUGCGGUAAAUGAAGAGGCGAUUGAUCUGCAGGAUCAAGAUGAAGCGUUUGAUCGAGAGUUUGGACAAUUCUCGAACCUUGAUGAGUAA